AUGUUCAACAAGCGAGGAUACGGUGACAAUGGAGUCCUCUACCAACUAUCAUCGCAGGCGCUUCGAACAGAGCUACAGCGGCGAGACGAAGCGACCGGAAAGCCAGUCUGUGGCUCAGGCGGGAGAACUGGGUCAUACAACACUCCUUUGCAUGUCGCAGCACUUUUCAUAAUCCUUAUCCUAAGCACCCUCGCUUGCUCCUUCCCCAUCAUUGCAAGGCGCUUUCCCAAGCUCCCUAUCCCACAUCGAUUCCUAUUCCUCUCAAGACAUUUCGGUACCGGCGUUCUGAUAGCAACUGCAUUCGUCCAUCUCCUUCCCACAGCUUUCGUGUCCCUGACAGACCCAUGUCUUCCUUACUUCUGGAACGAAGGUUACCCUGCCAUGGCUGGUUUUAUCGCUAUGGCAUCCGUGUUUCUCGUGGUCACCAUUGAGAUGUUCUUUGCUAUGAGAGGGGCGAAGCAUAUGCAUGGAAGUGAAUGGGACACUUUACCUCCCGAAGACGGGGAGACACAACAGAGACAUCGCACACUCGAUAUUCCAUUAGCGGACAGCGUCGAUGGCCACCAGAAGCAGCCGCGGAACGGUGGACUAGGGCUGCAUGGAAGGAGCGGCUCUCAUCAAGGCCUUAUGGAAGGUCAAAGCACUUCCAACACACCAAACCCCAAUACAGCAGCCGAUGAAUCCGAAUCUGACCUCGAUAUACUAGACCCAAUAGCUGAAGAAUCCAUCUCCCUCCACGAACCCUCCUCUAGACAUCAACAGCACCGCCACAACCCCCAAGACCAACACUCAGCUAACCCGCAAAAACUGCUCCUCCAAUGCCUCCUCCUCGAAGCCGGCAUCCUGUUUCACAGCAUCUUCAUCGGCAUGGCCCUCUCCGUCAGCACCGGCACCCCUUUCGUUGUCCUCCUCGUUGCCAUCUCCUUCCACCAAACCUUCGAAGGUCUCGCCCUGGGCUCCCGCAUCUCCGCCCUCAUCCCCUCUCUAUUCGGCCCCCGCUCCAUCAAGCCCUGGCUCAUGGCCCUCGCCUACGGUACCACCACCCCCAUCGGCCAGGCCAUCGGGUUGGGCAUGCAUAAGCUGUACGAUCCGGCGAGCAUGAUGGGUUUGUUGAGCGUGGGGAUCACGAAUGCAAUCUCCAGUGGUCUGUUGCUAUUUGCCGGGUUGGUGGAGUUGCUGGCGGAGGACUUUUUAAGUGAUAGGAGUUAUGAGGUGCUGAGGGGGAGGAGGAGGAUGGAAGCAUGUCUCUCGGUUGCGGCCGGGGGGAUUUUGAUGGCUAUCGUAGGCGCUUUUGCAUAG